CCACCGCGGAAGGGGGGCCGAGAGAGGGAGGCAGAGAGAUUGCAGUCAGCCAGCCCAGCAGUGCUGCCAGGAAGGAGGCUGCAAGCAGGGCGAGUUCCCCUCACGGUGCAGCAGAGGGAGGAAUUGCUGAUGCGAGCUGCAGCUGUUGCCUUUUGAACUCAGAGCCGCUGAAAAGACCCAGGUUGUCCAGAGCCUUCAACCCCACUGUGCUCUGGGCGGGCAGUCCCGGAGCGCUCCUCAUCCUCGCACCCCAGCCUGCGGCUGCUUCAGUUCCCUAUUGCGCUCGCCCUCGCCUGCCCCUGGAAGAUGCUACUGGUGCAGACUCCUCUGUGAGAGUCAUAGGGGAAUCCUUGACUCCAUCAUCCGAUCUGCGUGGCUUAUUCACUCCCGCCCCCCAACAGUUGUCCUGCACGGAACCCCCGCAUCCUGUGCCACUCUCCCCGGGAGAACUUCAGCAGACUCAACCAGCAGCUCCUGCAUGAGGAGUGGGGGGUUCAGUGGCAGCCAGGAGAAACAGCGGGUCCCCACCCCACCUGCCCAUGGAGGCUGUAGCCGAGGUACUGAAUGUGAGCUAAGCAACCCUUGGCUGUAGCGGAGUUUGAGUCCCCCCCCCUUUCCCCCUCGACGCCGCACCCCCUAGAACCCUGCAACAUGCUGCCUGCCUUUGCAACAGCAUGGACCCUCGCAGCUGGUUCAGGGUUCCUUCUCCUCGGUGACAUCCCUCUGAAAUUUGCAGAAGACAAUUGUUCGGACAAUUUGAAAGUGCAAUAGAGGAGGAAGGACCUGGAUCUCAGUGGGAGACAUCAGUGCAGGUAUCUCUACUGCGGUGUUAUUCCCCACCCCCCAAAAAAGAAGAGAAGGAGAACUAUCCCGGGGUUACUAUGCAAUUGCGACUAAUUUCUUGGUUUUGUAUCACUUUGAACUUGAUGGAAUACAUUGGAACCCAGCACGCCUCCAGGGUACGGCGACAGGGAAGAAUGCAUCCCAAUGUGAGCCAGGGUUGCCAAGGAGGGUGUGCCACAUGUUCCGACUACAAUGGAUGCUUGUCAUGUAAACCCAGACUCUUUUUUGUUCUGGAAAGAAUUGGCAUGAAACAGAUCGGAGUAUGUCUUUCUUCAUGUCCAAGUGGAUACUUUGGAACGCGGUAUCCAGAAAUAAAUAAGUGUACAAAAUGUAAAGCUGACUGUGAUACCUGCUUCACCAAAAAUUUCUGCACAAAAUGUAAAAGUGGGUUUUACUUACACAACGGAAAGUGCCUUGAAAAUUGCCCUGAGGGGCUGGAACCCAACAAUCACACGAUGGAGUGCACCAGCAUUGUGCAUUGUGAAGCUAGUGAGUGGAGUCCAUGGAGCUCCUGCACAAAGAAAGGAAAAACAUGUGGCUUCAAGAGAGGAAAUGAAACAAGGGUCAGAGAAAUUGUACAGCAUCCUUCAGCACAGGGCAAUCCGUGCCCAGCUACAAGUGAAAACAGAAAAUGUAUUGUACAAAGAAAGAGAUGUCAGAAGGAAGGAAAAGGGAAAAAAAAUAGAGAUGAGAAAGGGAAAAGGCCAAACAAAGAAGAAAGUAGGGAGACAAGGCAGGAAAACAAAGGCCGAGAAUCCCGAAGACAAAACCGAGAACAGCGGGAAAACAAAAACAAAAUGCAGCCGAAGAAAAGAAAAGCCCAAGAUAAACAACAGAACCCAGUACCCAUCAGCACUGUUCACUAAUGGCCUUACCUGAUUGUUUUAGACUUAUGAUGCUGCUAUCUCAACCAGAUCCCCAUGACAGAUGCUCAAGCCAUUCAAACCACAAAUGGACAAUGCUAUCAGUGAUUGUUAAACCUUAAACAACAUUCCAAAUAGUUCCUAUAUUCUCUAGGCAAUCAUAGUUUAUUAAAAAGACUGACAUGAGCCAAGACUUUAAAAAAAAAAUUUUAAAAAGGGAUACUUUAAAACUGUUAUAUUAUAUGCUGCCAUGCAUCUGUACAAGGCAAUUAAGAAAUUUUGUAUAUACUUAUUAAUAGGAUAUAAAAUAUAGCAAUAUAAUGAAUGACAUCUGGAUGGACAACCUGCUUCCUCUGUAAAAUAUUUGUCAAGCUAUUGUUUAAGCAAAGUAUGAGACAAGAGAGAUAUCUAAAUCAGAGACAAAGUAUCCCAUUGUGUAUCGUAUAUAAAUAUUCAGAGAGGGGCAGGAGGGAAACCAUUUUUCAAGAGCCAGUAGGAAUCUAAGGUUUUGCACCCUGUGGUGGAUCUGAACUGGAUUACCCUGGGGUUCCCCAGUACUUGUUCCAGACUCAUGUGAGAAAUACCAAAGGGAAUGCCUGCAGGGUGUUGAAAGUUAAAGAAGGAAAAGAAGUGGAAGCAACUGCAAUUUCAGAGACAGAAGUUCCUAAAGGAGAAGUGGUGGCGCUUUGCUCAUAUAGCAUUCUUAGCUAUGGGACAACACAAUGUUUUCUGGUCUAAACAGUGGUACAGUGCGUGCUGUUCUAUGCUUUUUAUAACUAUGUGUAACUUAAAUCUACAUUUCAAAUCUUCCAGUGAAUGGCAAAUCAUAUUUGUAGGAGACGAUGCUGAGUUAAUAAAGAACAGAAAAUAGACCACGGAAAUAUGUGUUUUUCACAGUCAUGGGGGUUUUCUUCUUCUUUUUUACUGGAAGAAUCUACUGCUUUAUAAUCAGAUUUAUGAAAGUCAUGGAGAGAAAAGGAUACUACAUCUUUAACAAUGUAUAUGUAGUGAAAGAGAAGCCACUACAAUAAAUAUAUUUGUGGAUA